AUGGAGUCGGAACUUCCAGAAUGGGCCCUCAUGGCCUUAGAGAAACGAGCCAGACUGUUGGAACGAUCGCUAAGUGAUCAAAACGCGCGAAAUCUUCUCGAGUUAGAUUCCGAUUCUGACGCGAUCGUCAUGAAAGAAAUCGACGAAGCUCGUGGUGGCAUGGGCACUCCUCGAAUGAUGCCUCCUCCGAGCGUUCCCAAAGUCCGUCCCAACUAUCGAAUCGCUCCAAAGCCUGUUCAACCCCAGCAGGCUCCUGCUCAGCCUACAGUUCAGCAGAACACCGUCAGUCCUGGUAUGAGUUCAAGUGCUACCCCAGUUCAGUCAAAUCCAAUGCCACAAAUGACGAGAAAUCAGAAUCAGCCUCACCAGAAUUCUGGCUUCUCACAGCCGCCAAGUAACAACUCAUUUCAAGCCAGCAAUAGUAACAACAUGGGAAUGAUGAACAUAAACCCGUUUAUGUUCAACCCGUACAUUUAUCCCGCGCAUGGUUAUUUUAAUGACACGAGCCAGUACGAAGAAUUCCUCAAAGUGCAGGAAGAACAACUGCGCAUUGCACGACAACAUUUCAAACUGGCCCUCUCGGGUUCCCAAAACCCUCACAAUCCAUCUUCAAUGUUCAUGAACUCUUCACAAGCACCACAAUUCACAAAUCAUCAAGUUCAUCCUCAAAACUCCUUUCAAAACGCAUAUCCCGCUUCAAUCUUCCCCCAGCCCCAAAACUUCCAUCAACAACCCCCUCCGUCCCCCUACUAUCCCCAACAGCGACCUCAACCUUUACCCCUAGAGCUUCAAAGCCAGCAAAGCCAAGUGAGCACAAUCCGAGCGAAUGAAAAUCUGGAGCGUCAGAGCGUCCAAUCCGAGGCCCCCUCAACAAUCGCCUUGCACUACCCUCCAAAACCACAGGUGCGGCAACCACCACCCAGCUAUGCAUCCAGACAGCCAAAUCGCAUACAAUCGCAGGAGAGUCAGAAUUUUGCUGAAAAUCAUCAGAAGACAACACAGGCUCAAGAACAGCCAGUUUAUCAGGCUGAUCCGAUGUCUGUCGAGAGCGAGAAAAUCGACAAGAACAAUGCGUUGGCCAUGUUCAAGCGACUGGAGAGCCAGCAAGGGCCCAAUUCCACACCAAAUUACGCCCGCCAAAACUCUGGCUCCUACCUUCGCCAUGUCAAGACCCUUCCAACGCAGCAAAAAGCUCCUUCCUACGUCCAGACGAAGCCCCAAGUUCAGCCUCAAAACAACAAUACUACUGCGCCUCCAUUAGAGAAAAAGAGCAUUCUAAAGAAACAAUCUGCUUAUGAGCCAAAGCCUCCCGCUCCAGUCGAGCCGCAAGUUAUUCGCGCUCAGCCUGAAGUCAUCAGACAAUCGGCUCCACCCCAGAAGAAUGCGCAGGGUCCAGUACAGUCAGAACUAGAAAGCGACAAACAAGAUCAACUUGCUGGAGUUUCCAUCGCCAAGACCGCCUCGAUGUUCGGCGAACGAACCCGCACGAAAAUCCCGACCAACAGCAACUCCGCUCCAAAGCGAGAAAUGACCCCUCCGCGGAGCCUCUCCCCACCCAGAGAGGCAACCCCGCCCCGAGAAGAGUCCCCAGCGCCGGCGAGGGCUGUUCUCAGAGACCCAAGCCCGGAAAUCGUGAAAGAACCAAGUCCUGAAGUGAUUCCUCAAGUGAAACAAUCUCAAAUGCCUGCUGCUCAAGAUUUUGAAUCAGCAUCUGAAUCAGACGGGCCAGAGUAUUUUUCGGAAGAAGAAGAGGAACAAAUCGCUCGAAUAAUCGCUCCUACCCACUCUCCUGUAAAAGCAGCACCAGUUCUUCAGCAGCAAGAGCGUCCUCCUUCUCCUGAACCAGAGAGCUCGAAAGAACCAACGCCAGAGCCAAAGAAAAUGAAAACAGUAGAAAAUCGAAACCCGCCGCUGGCCUUUGAUGAGUCAGAUGGCGAUAACUCUGACAUUUCCGACCCCGAAAUUCAGCAAGAAGACGAGUUUGACUUGCUCGGGGACACGAUCAAGGAGCAUGCCAGUAAUCACGUUCCAAAAGCAAGGCCAGAGGAUUACCCAGAGUCAUCAGACGAGUCAGUCGAUAUUGACGGGACGACUGUACCAGUGUCGAGGAUCGAUGAAAACGAAAAUAUUUCCAUGCAAAGUGUCACCCUGGAUGACCCUGCCGACAUAGAGGCCCUAGCGCGCACCCACCUCAAUUUAGCACCGACACGUCCACGAAAGAAUGAUCAAGAGAUCAAGGAUCUGGAGAAGUUGGAGAAUAGCCUUGGGGAUCUUCAUAAUAAGGCCGACGCCGCAUACGCUCUGAUAGAAAAGUCAAAGUCAACGGUAGAAGUAAAUCCGACCACUUCGGAAGUUAAAUCCGCCGAUCCCAAAGAAAUCACCUCCGCUAGAGCAAAAAAGGCGCCGAAAAAAGCGCCCAAACAAGAAGCAUCAGCUCCAGCAACCACUGUUGAUGAGGACGAGGCGAAAUGGGCCGAAGAAAAUCGGCUAUUAGAGGAGCAAAUUGCCGCCGCAAAGGCUAUUUUGGCCAAGGCGAGUCCAAAUACGAAGCCUGUUGGAAGCCUCGGAGCACCUGAGAAGCCAGAUCGAAAUGGACUUUCGAACGGACAGCCUCCAAAACCGGCUGGGAGGAAGAAGAGGGUCAGCCCGCCAACUAACGGCGUCACGGUCAACCCUGACCGGACGAAUAGUCAAUACUCGCGAGACCAAGACGGCAAUUUCAUCCCUCCCCGAGAAGGCUACGUAAACGAUGUGAUCGUAGAGGGACAGGUCGUCAUCAAGUCGUCCAUCCUCGUUACUGACAAAGAAAAUCGAAAACAGUCGUUCGGUAAAGUUGGCUUCAAUAAGGAAGCCAAGGAAUUGACGUAUCCAAGCAUGGAUCAAGCGAUUGAAGAUUAUGACGAAGAGCAUGCUCGAGGAGAUCCUCCUAGUAAUUCUAACGAAGCAGCAUAUUACGAUGCACUGACGGUAUGA